UAAUUUCUCUAAUUUGAUCUUCCUUCUUAAUAAAAGCUAAGUUGGAUUAAGGGCUUGAUUAACCCUCUUUAAUUUCACACCAACAAAAUGGCAAUAUGAACAAUUUCAAUCUACUUUUCUCCUUUAAAUACUUUUCCAAUAAACCAAACCCUACACCUUUUUCCACCAUACCCUUCACCAAAAUCUGAUCCCCCUUUUCUCUUGGUGUUCUUCCCUCAAAGUUGAGCUCACCCAGAUUUCAGCCACGGAGUUCCCAAGCCAAGCUGGAGAAGGAUCUGCCUCUUCCCACAAAAAAAUGGGAAGAGGUAAGAUUGAAAUUAAACGAAUUGAAAAUACCACAAAUCGUCAAGUCACCUUUUGCAAGAGAAGAAAUGGUUUGCUUAAAAAAGCCUACGAGUUGUCUGUUCUUUGUGAUGCUGAAGUUGCCCUCAUCGUCUUCUCCACUCGUGGCCGUCUCUAUGAAUAUGCCAAUAACAGUGUUAGAGGAACCAUUGAAAGGUACAAGAAAGCAUUUGCUGACUCUUCCAAUUCUGGAUUAUCAGUGGCAGAAGCUAAUGUACAGUUUUACCAGCAAGAAGCAUCGAAGCUGAAGAGACAGAUCCGGGAGAUUCAAAACUCGAACAGGCAUAUUCUUGGUGAAGCACUCAGCUCAUUGUCUUUAAAGGACCUGAAAAGCUUGGAGGGCAGAUUGGAGAGAGGAAUCAGCAAAGUUAGGGCUAAAAAGAACGAAACCUUGUGUGCAGAGAUGGAAUUCAUGCAAAAAAGGGAAAUGGAGCUUCAGAAUCACAACAACUAUCUGCGAGCACAGAUUGCUGAACACGAAAGAAUACCACAACAGCAACAACAGCAACAAACGAACAUGAUGCAAAGGGGAACAUAUGAGACAGUGGGAGGAGGGCAGUACGAGGAGAACAGAAGCUAUGGCGGCGUGGGGCUUAUGGAUUCGGACACCCAUUACGCCCAUCAAGACCAUCUCACUGCCCUUCAGCUCGUUUAAGCUCGUUUAAGUGUAUAACUCUCCAAACCAAACCAAACCAAAAAAAAAACAAAAACAAAAACAAAAAUCUUGUUGUUAUUAUUGUUAUUAUUAUUAUUCUGAAUCUGCAACCAACCAACCACCGAGGAUGUCAAAUAAUAACUGCCUUUUGAAGCUCUCUGCUUCUGGCUGAGAUAAUCUCAUGGUAUUUAUUUUUGUGUAGUGUUCUUAUGCUUCAUGCUACAAUCAAAACCCUCAACAUAGACUCCUUUAUAUAUAUAUUAUAAAACUUUUUUUGUA